AUGUUAACAUCUGAAAUCGGUCUUCUGUUUCCAACGUUAUACGUUGUCGAAGGCUUCGUUAUUAUUGCCUUCAAUUUGUCACUUCUGCUUUUCCUUCUAUUGGAACGAAAAUUUCGUCAUCAAAAACAGUAUCAAAUAUUAGCCGGAUGUGUCACAUUUGAUUUUCUAUUCGGCUGUGCCUAUUUCAGCACUGGUGUUUACCGAUACAAUCUGAAAUUCACCAAUGAAUAUGUGCCGUUGGUAUCACGAUUCUAUUGUUUGAAUAAAGUUCAUGAUUUAUUAAUUCUAUUCAUCACUCCAGAAGCUGGCAUCAUCUCAUUGUUUGUGGCGUUGGAUCGCGCCGUAUCGGUCUUCUAUCCCAUAAAGUACUUGAAACUACCACCGCAUUACCCUCUUGUGUUGUUCGUAACAUCGUUUUCGGCAAUCAUUCCCGCAUAUGUGACCAGUUAUAUGGCGGUGAUUCCGUCGAGAUAUGAGCGCAAUCAGUCUGGAAUGUGUUUCCUCAAAGAUACGCUUCCGGAUAAUUGCUAUGCAAUAUUACGUUGGAUACGGAUAGUGACAAGUAUUUUGGCUAUUGCAGUCUACAUACCAAUUGCAUGCAAGAUCAGAAAGGUACGUCUCUGA